CCUGCCGCUCUCUCUCUCUCUCUCUCUCUCUCUCCCUCUCUGUCGUCUUAGACAGUCUGCUUCUUCUUCUCUCUCUCUCGUCUGUCUUUAUUGGACUAAAGCCGCGGGGAUCGAUGGAGCGAUUAGCGAGAGACUGACACCCUGAAACUCGGCGGGACUCGCUUCUUGGUUCGUUCGUUCGCUCACUUCUCCAUCGCUGAUCCAUCGCUUUACCUUUGGUGAGCUUCCCUGCUGGCCGGUUUCUGCGUACUGUCCCUUUAACAUGCUGUACACAGGUCCAGUCCCGGGCGAGCGAGGGGGCGAGCUUGCCAUGGGUGGGGGACGCAGCGAGACCUCGGCGCUGGCAGGGACGGGAGGGGGGCGGGGCACCACCACGACCCAGAAUUCCCAGCGGCCCAACGCCUGCUGCUUCUGCUGGUGCUGCUGCUGCAGCUGCUCAUGUCUCACUGUCAGGAAUGAAGAGGAGAGGAGGAGGAGGAGGAGGAGGAAGAGGAAAUCACAGGACACCAAGAUGGAAACCAUACCAAACUGUGAAGCUUGCACCAAACCCUCGGUGGAGGAGGUCCGGCUGUGGUCUCAGUCCUUCGACAAGCUGAUGAAGAACCCGGCGGGCCGCAACGUGUUCCGGGAGUUCCUGCGGACGGAGUACAGCGAGGAGAACAUGCUGUUCUGGCUCGCCUGCGAGGACCUCAAACAGGAAAUCAACAAGAGCAGCAUCGAGGAGAAAGCACGCUCCAUCUACGAGGACUACAUAUCCAUACUGUCGCCCAAAGAGGUGAGCCUGGACUCGCGGGUUCGGGAGGUGAUCAACAGGAGGAUGCAGGAGCCGACGCCUCACACCUUCGAGGACGCUCAGCUGCAGAUCUACACGCUGAUGCACAGGGACUCGUACCCUCGCUUCCUCUCCUCCAGCAUCUACAAGUCCCUGACCUGCAGCGGCUCCCGCACCUCCUCCGAGUCCUAGUCCUCCUCCUCCUCCUCCUCCUCCUCCUCCUCCUCCUCCUCCUCGUCCCUGAAGAGUCCUACAUUUUCAGGAUCGAUGCCAAGACCUCCUCGCUCCUCCAGACCUGAACUUCUCGAAACACCACAGACACCUCCCUGGACUCCUCCCUGGACUCCUCGCCUCUCCUCCUCAA